AUCUAGGGACCGGAACCAAUCCCGGAGGGCCGAGGCCCACCCUAGUUACAAUGUAGCUCCGCCCCUGCUCAUGAAUCAACACGUGAGUUCGAUGCGAGCUCCAAUAUCAUAUUAUUCCGAACUGAAUACCAAGCCGCUUGUGAGCCGUCGGCACUGCCUACAUUUAGAACAGGGCUGAAGCUAGGCCGUACGUCCUGGCCCAAAACGGGAAAAAAGAUAAGUGUCUUCGAUCCUAGUACGAGACGGCCAACCUCCCCUUAAAAUUGGGUAUAUAUUCUCCGGUCUAGUCUACGGUGUGGCGAGUUGUAUUCUUGUAACAACGGCGAGGUGACUUAGGGUUGGGGAGCAGGAGCGGUUUAGCCCUACGAAGCCAAACUUAAGAAAAAAUACUCUGCCCUGCAAAUCUCAACAAUGAAGGACCAAAUUCCGGGGGAUCUGAUCACUGAUAUCUUACGGAUGCUUCCUCUUAGUGCGUGUAUUGCUCGAUUCCGUUGCGUCAGCAAAUUAUGGCGCGAUCUUCUCUGUGACCCCUCUUUCAUCCAGCAGAAUCUAUCGUCUUCUCGUUCUGACGACAUCAUUAUGUUGACUAAUGUGGACGGUGAACCGUCGACAGUGUACUCUCUGCUCUUUCCCGACACACUGGAGCCCCUCCACCAUCAGCAGCUGCUUCCCUUCAAUCCAGACCGUCAUCACCAUCCGAUUGUACAAGUUGCAGGCUGCUGUAACGGUCUGUUCUGUAUCAUCGACGAUAAAUGCGAAAACGAAGGGCACGAUGUGAUUCUUUGGAAUCCGGCAACCUCCGAGACCAAGGUUCUCCCUCCUUCUCCUUUCUUCUACCCCCACUUGUUUAUUAAUGCAGUUGGGUUUGGUUUCGAUUCAGAGCAAAAUGACUUCAAAAUCGUCAGGCAGCUUAUGAAUCCCUUGCUGCGGUGGUGGUCUUGUGUGCUGGAGGUAUACAGUCUAAAGAACAACUGUUGGAGGAAACUUGACGACGACAAUGCCGGCGGCUAUCAUCCACAACUACCCUUUUGGCAAAUUUCUCAAUUUCACCGGGGGAAAUUGUAUUGGCGGCAGUCAUCCAAGGACGUCGGCGGCCGCGGUACGUUGGUGUUUGAUUCAUUUGACUUGGUCAGUCAAAGUUUCGAAAGGGUGGAGGUGCCUCAUCCCAGUGCGAAAUUGGGUUUCUAUGUUUCCGGAUACUCAUUCAAGGAGGAUUCGAUGCUGGUUGUCUUCCCCAUUUAUGAUCAUAUGUUGGGCGCUGACACAUCUUGGGAGAUAUGGAUCCUUCUGAAAUGCUGGAGAUCAGAAUCUUGGAUCAAAUUGUUUGUGAUUACAACGCCUCCGGAAAUGCAAUUUCGAUUCAUAGGAUUGACGACGAAUCUCAAGUGCUUUUUCGUAGCCACUACAAGAAGAUCAUACAAAGGCUUCAACUAUGAUGGGGAUGACUCUUGUUUUCUUGUCUUUCAUCCCGAUACGGGAAGAAUUGGCCGUGAUCUUAAAGUUAUGUGGGAUGAAGUCAUAAGUUAUAGGCCAUCUCAAAUUUCUUUGCAGGAUUAUUAAUUACUAUCCGAACGAGUUAGAUAUGUCUAUGUGCUUGCGUGCGUGUUUAGAUUGAAUGAUUAAGCGUGGGUUUGCAUCAAUUUGAGUAUUAGAGGUGUUUUCAUGGUGUAUGUGCAUGUUUGUGCUUAGCAACCUAAGGUUUGUGCAUUUUUGUGCUUAGCAAUCUAAGGGUUGUGCAUGCCUGUGCUUAGCAAUCUAAGGAUUGUGCAUGUUGGUGCUUAGCAACCUAAUGUUUGUGCAUAAUUGUGCUUAGCAAUCUAAGGUUUGUGCAUGUUGGUGCCUACUAUCUAGGUUAGAGACCCUUGCAUCAAGUUUGCAUCUAGGUUGGUUGUGAUUAAGCCGCUCAAACUCCGGUUUGAGGGAGAGGCCUAGGAAACCACUAGUGACUGAGUGAGAGGAUCGAUCCCGUGACAAAUCGAUCUCUAGUGAAUCCAUCCCGUGACAAAUGGAUCACUAGUUGCUCCUCCUAGUGGUUCCCAUAGACUUGGUGAGUGGAUCGAUCGCUAGUGAUUUGAUUCCGUGACAAAUCGAUCACUAGUUGCUCAACCCCACGGUUCACAACCACCUACGCCACAUGACUGUAUUCAACCCAACGAGUCAUGAUAGCUAGUUAGGGGUAAUCAACUCCCGUGUGAAGCUCCCUUAGUUAGAGUUUUCCUUUAUUUACUUUUCUUUUCUUUGCUUGUUUAGUUUGUAGUUUUCUUAGUUUGAAAACCCAAAACCGUUUUGCUAGAUAACAACUUAAGCGAUUGAAGUAGGGGUACAUGGAUCGACCCGAGUCGAUAUUUAAAUACUUGCUCUAUACUGCACCCGGCUAGAGUUUAAAAACUUGGUCUCUAGUCGGGAUUAAUUUGUGAUGUAGUUUCGUGCGAGUCAGAAAAUCAAAUUGAUGAAAAUUAAAUGAAGCCUUAGGAAUGAC